AUGGCGGACGCACAAGCGCUCGAGAUAACCGGCAAAGCGUCGGCGUACGAACCAGCCUGGGUGCUCCAACAGCGCAAGGCACCGCCCCUCUUCUCCUAUGUGGUGCAACCAAUGGCUCGAGGCCCGCGGCGUCAACCGAUUGACCCGCGCCACCUCGAGACCGACCUCGCUGACGGCAGGAAACUCGCGCACGUGCUGGAGGCCGUGGCUGGCGCUCAGCAUCUGGUGUCGCAUCUCAACUCCAACCCUUCAAACCGUCUCCAGCAGAUUCACAACUGUGACAGGGUGUUGAGCGUGCUGAGGGAGGAGGGCGUGCCGCUGGUGAACAUCGGAGCCGAAGAUAUCUGCGAUGGCAACCCCAAGCUGCUGCUCGGCCUUCUCUGGCUCCUCAUUCUCGCUACCACAUCGCCCAAGCAGAGCGGUAAGGGCGGCGAGGCGGAGAAGGGCGGCGAGGCCAAGAAGAACCUCCUCCUCUGGUGCCAGAGCGUGCUCAACCCGCAGGGACUGCACCCCAAGGAUUUCAAUCAGUCGUACGAUUCGCGUGGCUUUCGGUGGACCAACGGCCUUUGUUUCAGCGGACUCGUCAACGCGCUGAAGCCCGACGCUGCACUACCUCUGCACGAUCCCGACGCGGCGAGGGAGAACCUGGAAGCCGCGUUUCGCAAAGCGAAGGAGCUGCUCGACAUCCCGCCGCUACUGGAGCCCGACGACCUGCUCAACUCCGACCCCGACGACAAAUCGAUCAUGACCUACGUAAGCUACUUCCGGCGCUGGCACACCGAACACGGGGCGGAGCUCGGCGCUGAGCCAGUCAAGCCGGCGGCGGCGGUGCUGGUGGUGGAAGAGAAGCCCCAGACGCCGGUCAUUGUGCCCGAGCCCGAGCCCGAGCCCGCGCCCGAGCCCACUGUGGCGUCCGGCAAGCAGCACGGCCUGAACGACGCCCACAUCCUGGCGCAGGUGGAGAAGCGCUUCUGCAAGCUGAGAGCGCUCCAGAACGAAAAGCUGGCGCUGGAGGCAAAGAUCAGGGUGCUGGAGGAGAAGCUGAGAACGGCAUGGACGGACGAGCGGCGGCGGGAACACGAACGCGAAUUGCUGGAGCGGCUGGCGACCGCCGAAAAGGAGCUCGAGCUGGUCUCGGCCCGAUUUCGAGUUAUCGAGGACUCCAUGCUCAGGAAGGAGAAGGAGAGCAAGAGGCUGCUGGAGGACAAGAAGGAGCUCGAGAGCAAGUUCAACGACUACAGGCGCAGCGCCGGCGAGAAGCUCAGCAAGAUCAGGUCCGAUUACGACAUGCUCGAGCGGCGACACCAGAAGCAGCUCUUCGACGAACAAAACAAGGUGAUUGACAUCAAGGUCAAGUGGGAGAUGGCCGAGAAGCACACGCGCGACGAGAAGCGGAAGCGAAUCGCGGCCGAGAGGCGCACGCGGCAGCUCGAGCGAAAGCUCGCCCAGGUGCUGAUGAACGUGACCCACUCCAACCUGUGGGCCUUUGGCGACAGCGACGGCGCCCAGAAGCUGUUCUCGAUGAGCGAGGGCGAUGACGACGACGAUAUCCCGGAGGAGGACGAGAUCGAAGAAGAAGAAGACGACGACGAGGCCAAGGCCGGAAAGGCCAACAAACCCUCCGGCGAGCACGACAACUGGGAGAAGCUUCUGGGCAUCCACGCCUACACCGGCGAGGAGGGACACAACAAGCUGGCGACCCCGCCGGCCACGCCCACCAAGGGCCAGAAGUGA